CGUUCAGAUUUCGGAAGACGAAAAAGAAACAAGAAAAGACUGUCCCCAUUAUCUAAUGCUCAAAGCAGGCUAAAAUAAGGGAAUCUCACCAAUAAAGUUAAACUGCAAUGGAACUCACCGACCCUUGGUGGAAAUAUUUCCUCAUUCCAUUAAUUGAUGGGGCCGUCGGUUACUUCACAAAUGUUUUGGCCUUGCAAAUGACGUUUGCGCCACUCGAGUUUGUUGGCAUUCCUCUUGUUCGAUUUCCCGAACAGCCAUUUGGAUUGUUUGGCUGGCAAGGUAUCAUUCCGGCCAAGGCAAGAAAGAUGGCAACAAUAUCCUUUGAUUUGAUGACGACCAGAUUGUUGGACUUGCAGGAAAUUUUCAAUCAGAUUGAUCCCGUUAAAUUCGCAGAGGCCAUGGACGAAGCUAUUUUGUUAAUGCUAGACAACGUCAUCAGCGAGGUGGCUAUGGAGACGAUGCCAAACACGUGGGGAAAUAUUCCACAGGCCGUUAAGGACGACAUAAUAGUCACUGCAGACAAUGAGAGUGGCAAGUUUUUGACAGAAUUUAUGAAAGACAUGCAAGCUCAUGUCUAUGACGUUGUGGACAUCAAGGAGAUGUGUGUGAACGCAUGCGUCCAGAACAAGCAUUUGAUAGUGAAGAUUUUUCAAGAGUGCGGUGACAAGGAAUUUAACUUCAUUCGACAGAGUGGGUUUUACUUUGGAGCCAUGUUUGGUGUUGUGCACAUGGUCAUUUAUAUGUUUUACCAAGCGAAUUGGGUAAUGCCUGUAUUUGGUUUUGUUGUGGGAACGGCUACGAAUUGGUUAGCUCUUAAGGUUAUAUUUUCUCCAGUUCGGCCGAAAAAGUUUCUGGGUAUGACGUUUCAUGGUAUUUUCAUGAGGCGCCAGGAGGAAGUAUCUGCAGUAUUUGCGCGUGUCGUAUGUGGGGAAAUAUUGCAUAUCAAAGCCAUUUGGAAUGCGAUAUUUCAAGGAAGCAACUCGAAGAAUUUCACUGCGAUGCUUCGGGCGCAUACGCUUGUAUUCACCGACAAACUGGUAGUAGAGAUCGAACCUUUGGCUGUGGCUGCCAUGGGGUCAGAGAAAUUUUUGCAAAUGAAGGAGGACAUAGCGCAGAAAGUCACCAAGAAGAUCCCCGAUGUAAUAGAUUCGUCGUACGAAUACACGCAACGUGUAAGUAAUAUAACAUCACGCAAAGUAUGCAUAAUUAUAUGUAUCUGCAUGCAAGUUGCUGGAUUACUAUUCAUAUAAUUGAUCGUCACUGACUCAAGUUUUGUCUUCCGUGUGAAAAACUCCAGGCAUUGAACAUGGAGAAUAUUAUACGGGAGAAAAUGUCAGUGUUGCCUCCAGAAGAAUUCGAGGGUGUUUUACAUCCGGCUUUCGAGGAAGACGAGAUUCAGCUAAUUAUUCUGGGUGGAGCGCUUGGCGCAAUCGUUGGUGCACUCCAACUAUUGAUAUUCGUGUGAUUGCACCAUUUUUCAAGGGACAAAGGACUGUCAUCCGCGCUUCGAUGUGUACACUAGAAAUAAUAGUAACGUCUUUUU